AUGUUACUUCAGCGCUCAAUUUGGAGUAUUGAUGGUACGUUUCAUGCGGCUCCCUUUGGGUUUUCUCAAAUUCUAGUGAUCGGGGUUGAGAUAGAACAUCUUUUCGUUCCGUGUGCAUAUGCAUUUCUGUCAAGCAAGUUGGCACAAACGUAUAGUGACGUCUUUGGUCUGGUCAAACAAUUGGGCGCGCCACUACCAACAAAAAUUAAAACAGAUAUAGAGCUGACUAUUUUCAACGGUUUUAUGGCAGUCUAUGGCAAUACAGCAACCAUCCACUUCUGUUUUUUUUUGCAUUUCUUUAAGGCCAUCUUUUUCAAAAUUAAGGAGAAGAAACUACAAGAAAUCUGUUGUGAUCCAAAUACGUUUGUCUACGUGAAAGGAUUCCUUGCACUAACAUUCAUAAAACCUGUUGAUGUCUUGCAAUAUUUUCGUCCACUACGAGAUGAAGCCUCCAAACAAAUUCCCUCCAUUAUUAACGUAUUACAAGGCUUAUAUUUGUACUUCGAAAAACCUUUUGUUGGAUUUGUUCAAAAUAGUCGCUUUAUUCGACCUUCAAACAUACUCCAUUCAAACGUGGAACUCUUUGAUACAAUUUGUCGUGGCGAACAACUUGACAACUCGUCUCGGAAAUCUUACAAUUCUUUACUAAAAGCUCUUACUUCACGAUAUUCUGCUCAC